AUAUAGUAGAUAUAUUUAGGGCGUCUAUUGGAUCCGUACUGUGACGUCGUCCGUCUCGCAAUAUUGUUUUAAUUCGGAUUACACGCGGCGCGGGCGGCGCUGACAGUCGUGAAGCGUUCCUGUAUGUGUUAUUUGCAUUUUGCGCUAAUAUUCAACUGAAAAUAUAGACCUUAUUGUGCCGAAUUAUUAAUCAAAACAGUAACUAUGGCGUACACCUGGGACAAUAGAGUCGCGUUUGUUGUACGUUAUCUCUAUGACAUCGAUAAUAACGGCUAUUUGGAUGCCCACGACUUCCAAUGCCUCGCUUUGAGGACUUGUGUAUUGGAAGGGAAGGGGGACUGCAGCUCGAGUCGCCUGCAGAAGUACCAACAUAUAAUGCUGAGUCUGUGGGAAGAAAUAGCCCAGCUCGCGGACUUCGACAAGGUGCCAGACUAUGAUGGAAUAGUAACUACCGAUGAAUUUAAAAAGGCAGUACAAAAUAGCUGUAUUGGAAAACGUUACGAGGAUUUCCCUCAAGCGAUGAAAGCUUUCAUUGAGACAAAUUUCAGGAUGAUUGAUAUAAAUUCCGACGGAAUACUCGGCAUUGAGGAAUAUCGAUACGAUUGCGUGCAGAGAAUGGCUGUGGAUGACAUCAAAGCUAUAGACGAGGCAUACAGUUCCUUAUUAAAUGACGACGAUCGAAGAAAGGGUGGAAUCGCACUAUCGAGAUACCAAGAACUCUUCGCUCUCUUCCUCAGCGAUCAAGGCGAAGACUGCCCAGCGAAGUACCUGUUCGGGCCUUUAGAAUUAUAAUUAUAACUGCGGUAUAAUACAAUUAUGAACUGAUUUUCAAUUUAAAUUAUACGUAAUUUAUUAUAAUUAAUAUAUAACAUUAAGAAUACAAUCUAGGCCAAUAUUUAAAAGUAUUAACAGAAUUAAUAAUGGCGUAUGUGACAAAAACUAACAAGUAUCUAAAAGGAAAUAAUGUUUCUACUUUGUCGUAAGCGCCACCGAAAAAAAUAUCUUACAUAAUAUUUCGUAACACUGAACUAAAUAGAACAGUUUACAUAAUUUAAAUCAGGAACUAUAAAUCUGUUAUCUAAGACCACCACCAGUGUGAUUUUCAAUUUAAUACUAGACAGUUACUUAUUGGUUAAAUCGUUAUUAUAAAAUAUUAUCGAGUAGACGAAUACGAAUGCGAAAUUCUUAACCAAUAAUAAUCCGGAAACUAUUCUAUUAAUAAACAAACGCAUCGUAGAAAGUCCCGCUAAAAAUACAAUAUUACCGCGACGAUACGUAGCGUUUAAAAAUAGAACAUCAAAUAUAGAUGCUUUCUAAAUUCCAACAUGAUAAGAGAUAAUAACGAAAAUGUGUUUUAAUUAAAUACGGUUUUUUAUAAAAUACGGACAGUUAAAAAAGUCAUAAGUACAAGUAUGUCCACGUUAGUAUAUUUUAAAUUUAGACUCAUUUUAAACGAUGUGUGCAAUGUUAAAAAAAAUCUUACCUUUACUGUGUUACAAAUUACAUGUAUUCUAUAAAAGUUGUAUGAAAAAAAAAAUUGAUAUCUAAAACAUUUCUCAUUGAUUGUUUUACUUCCAGUUUCAAAAACGCUGAUCAAAGUCAAAUUCAGUUAGUUAAAUUUGAUCUGAGUUGUAAUUGGUAGAUGUUUACCGAUGACGCUAUAAGCGUCCAAUGAGCGUUCAGUAUUUACUCCGAUUAGUGAAUCUGACUUUGCACACCGUUUCAGAAUCUAGAGGUUGAUGUUAUAAAAUGGAUUGUUGUAUCCUAAUUGCUGUUACGUUCCUGAUGUAUAUUUUUAAUCACUUAUAUCCAGAUAUUUAACGUGUAAUGUAUUGUGACAAAUGAAGACUAACGCAAUUUA